UUGAGGCUAGUUUCAUCAGCAUGUUGAAGCCCGAACUCCGCUUCGUGACAUGUCUCCUCUUCUUCCUUCUCGGCCCGCAUCUUCGAUUAUCGCGGGCCGACAUUGGCACCGCCGGCAGCUAUUCCCCUCCCUACACCCCGACGGCGUGUUACGGCAACGAUUACUCGGAGUUUCCGACGAGCAACCUGUUCGCGGCGGCGGGGGAGGGCAUAUGGGACAAUGGGGCGGCGUGCGGGCGCCAGUAUUUGGUGCGUUGUAUUAGUGCGCCGGUUCCGGAAUCGUGCGUCCCGGGCAAGAUCAUCCAGAUCAAAAUCGUCGAUCGGGCCCAGACCGCAACUUCUCCGCCCUCGCGAUAUGGCUCCAGCAUUGUCUUGUCCGAUACUGCUUUCGCUGCGAUAGCUAAUCCUACCGUUGAUUACUUGAACGUCGAGUAUCAACAGCUUUGAAGAGCUCGAUUUGGAUACGACCGUUGCCGAGGAAGGUGACAGUAAUAUUGUAGGAAACUUUGUGUAAUUAGAUGCAAUUUUAAAAAAUCAUUUACGUUGAAAAUUAAUUUGAAAUAGUAUGAGUACUUUUAGC